AACAGUUACCUCUUGCGCAAGUUGAGAAAAUUGAUUGAGGUCCUCUCCCAGGAGCUGCAACAGGAAAGGAUCUGUUGGCUCAGCAUGAACUUGACCCACAACGGCUUCAAAUUGUGCAUAGUGAGCUCGGAAUGCUUCCAGAAGGCUUAAAGAUGGAGCACUGCUGGUUGUUGUGACAUCUGGAGCGACCACCAAUGAUAUCAAAGACAGGAUUACCCAAAUCCAAACCUGCAGAAGAACGUAAAUCCGCAUAGUUUCAAACAAAAAGUUCUGACGCCAUUUAUAGUCAUCAUGCUUUUCCGAUCGAUGUAAAGUCAUAAGUGAAUGUGUAUUUGUUUGGAUUGGUGGGCCCUCUCUGUUUUAGUAGGCAAUUUUGCUUCUAUUCGUUCUCUUUCACUUUCCAUUCUUUUUCCUUUCUUGAUUUCAAGCUGCAGCAACCACCGAUGGACUUUACUGGUCCGUCAAAUGAGGAUAAUCCUUACGGCUCCAUAAUGCAAAUGCUCCGGCCUCCCGACUAUGGCCCAUCAAUGACUACUCCCAUUAAUUUUGGUUGCAGUUAUCCUAUGGCUUUUCCCAAUGCGCCCUGUCAACGUGAGGGCGGAUUUGUUUGGCAAGACCGGGGGAACGUCGAGCUUGGGCUUGGAAAUAGCGGUGACGGUUUUGAUGCAGUCCCAAACCUCACAUCGUUGCAGAUCAACCCUUCCUUGAGUGCUAGUAUUCCGGACGUCGUAUUUCACCACGAGGAUGCUCCAUUCAUCGCUCCAAGCAAUGGCGCAGGUGCAGGCCCUAAUGACUUCUUGAAUAAUGAGACUAGCUUUCUUGCUGCUGCCUCUGGAGCGCAACGUACCAGUCACCAUAUUGGUCGCUUCCACCCAUACUUGAGCACCUCCUAUCGAUCAAACUAUGGGACCAUGCCCAUCCCAAUGCCAGCGGUUUCGAUGCCCAGCAUUCCUGCUUCAGGUACUCCUCCAACGGCAACUGCUUUGGUUGCUUCCGCUGCUCCUGCUGCAACUACUCCCAGCGGUUUCACGUCCACUAUUCCAGUGCCGCCAAAUCCUUCUCCGGAGUCGCUAUACUUGUCUCUAUCUGGUCAAUACAUCGUUCCGACCUCUUUUGGUAGCGACGAUCCAUUCUCUCAAGAAGUCCAAAGCAAUUUACCAAUUGUUAGACUGAAGAAAGGACCAGAGGUGACGACAAAGGCGCUGGACUUCAAUCAUUACUGCGAGACGAAUGGCUAUAAUCGAUCAUCUGCUAUGUAUCAUACUAAAGAUCGUGGCCGUUCGCGAGCUGCUACUGCGCAGAUGUACUUCCAGUGGGCUAACACACGCGACUUCUUGAAGCAGAUUGUGGGUUAUACGGCCGGUUUGAAACUGAAUCUUUAUGAGAUCCGGUACAAUGAUGGAAAUGGCCCUGUUGAGAAUUUAACGUCCAUCCUCCUCCAUCGUCUCGGUUGGAAUGUGGGCACAUUUGAGGCGACGGCUCGCAUCUUUGAGCAAGCUGAGCAUUACGCUUUUAACUUUCAGUGGAAUCCCGAUAGUCCAGCUGUUAGCACAAAUGGUAGAACGGCAACUGGACUCGUUCGGUUCGACAAGCAUAAUCCUUAUGAAGCCUGGAAGGGUAUCCAGUAUCUGUUCGUUGCCCCAGGCUACUUCACCAAUGGGAUAACUCCACUAUACUGUAUCCAAAACUCCGAUGAAGAACAAAUUGCUUCUAAAAUUUCAGCAAAGGUCAUAAAAACAAGCAUGCCGCGGAUUAUACCCAAUCUCAUACCUCUUCCUAAGUAGUCAUUUGCACACAUCAUUCUAACAUUAGUCCAACUUGUCAUUGCCAAUCGUUUAGCUAUUGCUUUUACCCUUCACUCCCUUGCAGCGUUCCCAUAGAUUUUGCUCCUUCAGGGCUCAUUGUCUAUCGGUUGACCACCAUCUUUAUGAACGUACUAUAUUCCUUUUAAUUGCUACUAGUGCGCUUUGCUAUCCAUUAACCACCAUCUAUAUAAGCAUACCAUAUCCAUUUCGCUACUUCAAAACCUUUGCAAGGGCCUUCCCUUUUCUCCGUCGUAAAAACGUACUGCCCAUCGGAUGGCAAUUGCCGAUUAAGUUUGCGAUACAAAACCAACUUAUACGG